UGUUUUCAAGAAUCGUUAGUUUUCAUGGGACGAUCAACGUGCGCGAGAAGAGCUUAAAAGAUGUGCAGGAUUUUUCCAUAGGGAUUCCGAAUUAGUUCCGUUUUUCAAUGGUUACUGAGCGGAAGAUCGGAGGUUCAACCAACAGUAUUGUCAAGCUGCCAGCUUGGUCACCUGAGCAACGCCUUUAACCCUCUCUGAUCCAGGGGUGCUACAUCAUGGCUGACCAUGCACUCUGACCCCAGCUUCCUAACAAGAUGGGAUAUCCAAAGAAAGAAUUUCACUAUCGCGUAAUGGAUAAGUGACAAGCAAAAAAACCUCUAACAUCACGUGUCAUGACUGUUCACCUGUAGUGAAGUUCAUAAAGCAAUACCAGCAAUAGUUUAUAAUGUAACACCAGAGAGUAUAAAAAGUCCCAUCUACAAUGAGAUCACUAUAUAAUUGAUGAUAUAACUGACUUGCUUGGGAUCAAUUGGCAACACAAAUAAACAUGGAUGCCCAACACGCCGAUCUGCAUGCUGUGUUCACCCAUGUACAGUCUGGAAUCGUUCCUGCUAUGAGCACUGAUGAGUUUGUAACUCACAUCUCAUCAGGCAUAAACCAUUCUUUGAACAUGUCACUACAAUCUCCACACAGUAUGACAAGUAGGGAGGCAGAGAGGACUCUCAUGUUCCUUACACUCACUGGGAAAAUCAUCUCCAAGCUGUCUUCACAAAGUCUGCCUCGAGAUGUUUGUGUGUUCUAUGAUGAGGUCAUAAAGAGACUCUUUGGGGUCUGUAAUCUGACAGCUGAUAUUGUGCGUCUGAUGAAAUGCCAGGACAGGAUCUUGUCUCAUUUAGCUGCAAAAUGCAUGGCUUCUUUUGUCAUAUAUAACAUUGGUAAUAAUAUUGGUAGUAACCCUACAUGGAAGGCAUCGUUCAUAGAAACCUUUCAGAUUGCGUUUCCAAGCUGCACCCUGGACACACACCUGUGGGCUUUGACAGAAGUGAUGAAGAGGGUGCUGAAGUUAGACUGCGUUAACAAGCAAGAGAUUUUAAUAAAAGUUCUUUCUGAUUUCGAGUCCUCGAUCACAUCCUUGUAUGCAAAGCUGCUUUUUCAAGAGAAUCCCCAAAAUACACACGCGGCAGAAAAUGACCGAGACGCUGCCGAGGUAGAGCUCAGUGUAUGUGCACUCCUAGACCUUGUUGAAGUCCUCGUUGCUGCGAGGCUGUGGCACGGCCUCUGCUCCCCCGUUCAGAGACUGGCGUUCCUCCAGACUUCAGCACUCAUUCGUCUGACGCUGUCCAACAGCAAGGAAUUUGUAAAGAAGCGAGCACUGCUUUUGGUGAAGCGGAUUCUUGUUCAGAGAGCAGGGGAGGAAUGGGGUUUUGCUGAAAAUCACUCUAAAGUGCAUGAUGAGGAGUAUCCUUCUGAUUUGCUGCUGAUGGCUGAGGCUGUUCUUCAGGAAGUGGAAGCUGGUUGGCUCCGGAAGUUCCGUGUAAAAAAUGGGCCGAGUUUCUUUGGUGGGAACAAAGUGGAUGGGGAAUUGAAAGAUGCUGUGAUGCUCAGGGCUGUAAGCCUGAUUCUGAUCAAGUGUCUGGAGAUUAGAACUCGCCAUGUUUCCACUCAAGGAGCUCAUUGUGCCUUUGAUAUCCGGCCUUGUCUUAUGGAACUGCUGGCUUUUCUCCAACAGCAAGUGGUUCAGGUUAAAGAGGUUACGCAUCUCUGCUCUUGGAUCUUGGUGGUGUUCGCAGACCAGGAUGAUGACCUGAUAGAAUCAGCCAAGGUUUUAAUUACCUUGUAUUUACAUCAGAAAAGUCUGAGUUCCUCAGAUCCUGCAGCAUGUGAGUGGGGUUGCAACCCUCAUUGUCACUUUAUCCUUCUACUCCGAAGUCUCUCUUUUGACCAUACUGUCCUCUUAGACUUCCUCAUUUCUAAUGAAACCUGCUUCUUGGAGUAUUGCGUCCUUUACCUGAAGCACUUACACAGCCACUGGCAAGAUUUCUGUACUGCAUGUUGUCAUAAUGAAAACUCAGACACUGACACACAUACACUGACCCACCCACAUUUUUCUGAAGCAUCAGUAGCAUCACAACCUCAUGAUGACCCGAAGGCUAAAGUUGCUGGAUUCAGGCCCAGUCUGGUGGAUUAUGAGUGCUCAGAGGAUUCUGAAGACGAGGACAGAAUGAGAAAGAAUGCUGAGGAACCAGUAGCAGAGAUCAACAUUAGAAAAAAAGGAGAACAGGCUGUGUCUGGAUCAUCAGACACACCAAAGAUCAUUUAUACCACCUCCCAUGAGAGUUUGAGUGAGAAGGUUGUCAAGUGCCUUACAGAUUUAAGGAAUGUUAUCAACCGACUUCACAGCAGGGGACUAUUCCCAUACAACCCCAGUUCUCUUCUUAAAUUGUUGCUAGAUGUUGAGACUAAAGGUCACUUGAAAAACGCAGCACAAAAUAAAUAAUUUGUGUCAUAAUGAUGUAGAUGUAAACAUUACUAUCAAAACAAUAGUAACCACAGCAGUGUUUUCUAUAUUUUUUUAUUUCAAGCCCCUUUAGAAGUAAUAAAUAUUUAAAUACUCA